UUGGUAUCUCUUGAUCGGGGAAUUAUCCUUACCAUCCAUCGAGUUUGAGUAUUCCCUUUCUUCAAAGCCAUGUCUUCCACACCCAGCGAAGCAACUCAUACCCCAGCUUCUCCCUCACCCUCCAAUCCGGAGCCUAAGCAACAGGACCUCCCAGCCUCUACAUCAGCUGCGACUACAUCGGCAUCACCUCCGUCAAUCCCCACCGCUCAACCAGGAAGCAUGCCUUCAGUCCCAGCUCCAACGGAGCUCCCAGCCCCAGAACAGCAAACACCUCAUCCCACGAAAACCAUCACCGAGCCGACCCGCAGCACCUCGCCUCCCCCUCCCCAACCCGGUGCCCAACCCACACCACUCUAUCCUACCGACUCCUCGACAAGCACUACAUCUCCCCCGACCCAGGGACACGAUCUACCUUCGACGGUCCCCCCACCCCCAAAGGCAGGCGAUGCACCAUCGAACCCGCAGCCGGGGCUCCUACCAACACCCACGGCAGCGGCACCCACAGCACCAUUCCCCAGCACCACCAGCUCCAGCACCGGUACCUACAGCUAUAACACCAGCUACAACACACCUCCGGUUCAUCACCGCCACCACCCCAACUCCACCUCCACCCCCUACGCCUCCGUCUAUCAAGCUCCCACGCCUGUCUCCAGCCUCCCGCUGCACCAUCACUCCGGGAGCACGGCGAUGGUCGACUCCGACGCUGACGCUGGAGGCUUCAGUUUCAUGGACAGCGCUAAGUCGUGGGUUUCUAGCGCGGGAAGUAAACUGGCGGAGGUGGAGGCGGAGGUCUGGAGACGGAUUAAUGAUGCGCAUGAUAAGUAGUAUUUUUGUUUUCUUUUCUUUCUCUUUUUCUGCCGGCGCCAAUUGUCGUCUUGGUCUUGGGGUUUCUUGAAGUAUAGGUAUAUUACUCGUCCGGUGAGUUGGGCGGGUUGUAUUUUUAAAUUAGGGUAUCAGGUUAGAGAGGCAGGCAGGCAGGUGUUGGGUUUCUAGGAUGGGUUGGGCUGGGUAAGGUGCAUGCAUGCUUGACAGGUCUUUCACGUCAACUGGAAAUAAACAAUGGAAGGGUCCUGGUGGGUUUGAUGGCGUUAGGGAAUGUAAAGUUCAAUCGGAAUUGGUUUCCAUACAUAUAUAGUACCAUGCUUCGGC